CUUCUUUGCAGAAGAUCCUUUGAAAAACACAGGGUUUUUCCUCCAACUAGCUUCGUCACAAUUGAUGUGUUAUGAAGAUCUUGAAGUGUUGAAGAACAGGAUGAACUUUGCUCGUUGUUGGGGAUGAAAGUUUUGGAGUUUGAAUCUUCCCAACGUAGGACUUUUCUUGUAGAGUGUUAUGAAGGUUGAAUCUCAAGAAGUAUGUUCAGAUUAAUGAAUGGAGCAAAAGUUCUGUGAAGAGUUCUUGGCAAAAAAAGUUGUUUUCCUGUUCUUCGGUGUGUAGCUUAUAUACUGAGGUUGUCUGCCCGUUGGAGGAGGAGACAACUGCAUUAAAUGUGCGUACAGUUGACUUGACCGCCGUUUUGGAAGGUUUCUAUUUUUAUAAUAUAUCUUCCCGGAUUCUUUGGUCAAUCAUUUGCAAUCAAUCCUUCAGCGUAUCAGGCUCAUUUAAUGUGCAUUAAAUGCUUUCCUUUCAUGCACAGUCUUCUAGCCGUUGGAUGUUUUUACCCGUUGGAUUCAUAGCUGUUGGAUGUUGCUUGAAAUCUUCUAAGUGUUAGUCGGGCUCUGAUCAGGCUCUUCUGAUGUGUUGGAUUCUGAUGGCUUUCUAAUGAGUUGAGUUCUGAUGGCUUUCUGAUCUCUAACUGAACUCUAACUCUGACUCUGAUAGGUCCGCUGAUGAGUACCUCUGAUCUGUAGUUCUCAUCAGUUAUCAGAUGUCCAAAUUUAUCAGCAGCUCUCAUGGUGCAACUCUGAUGGACUUCUGCUAAGAGAACUCUGAUGGAGCAGUUCUCACAGAGCAAGUCUGGUCGAGCAGUUCUGAUGCACUUCUGAUCUGAUCCAAAGCAGAGCAGCUCUGAUCGUCGACUACACUAAUACUUACAGUUGAAAAAUUCUAAUACAUAAAAUCUAAUUGGGGGUACUUUAACAUUCUAAUCUAAAUAACCUAGCAUCAUCAAAAUCUAAUUACAUUUAUUCCUUACAAACAUCUUAUGCAUUAGAGAUUCAAAACUUUCCUGAGUAGAUUUUGAAGAUUGGAGAUGGGCCCCUGGGGGACGGUGAUGAUGGAGAAUCAAUUGUUACAUCCCUAAAGAAUUUAUUGCUCCUAUGACGGAUGAUCCGAUUGAAAUUAUUGUUAAUAUCACCUAUCCUGAUUUUGAAAUGCACUGUAAUGACGUUUAUUAUUUAAAUUCCAGGGCAAUCCUUGCGCCAACCAUUGAUGAGCGUGACAUGAUUAACAAUUACAUGUUGGGAUUGACUCCAGGUGAGGUAAAGACACACUUAAGCUCAGAUUCAGCAUCUUCUUCCAACUUAGACAUUGCACUGCUUCAAAAGUUCCACUCUCCAGAAUUUCUCAAUACCAUUAAAUGCUCUGUUGUGCCAAGCUAUGAGCUGAAGCUGAAAGUGGGUGCACUUGUGAUGCUAAUGAGGAAUAUUGAUCAUUCCUCCAGAUUGUGUAAUGGCACUCGCCUCAUCGUCACUAAACUUGGAAGCCAUAUUCUCGAGGCUCAGAUGAUGUCCGGAACAAAUGCAUGGAAAAAAAUUCUUAUUCCGAAGCUUAGCUUGACUCCAUCAUCCGACCUAAAGCUGACGUUCACAUUUCAGCGUACACCUACAGUUCCCUUUGAUGCUUAGUUAUGUGAUGACCAUUAGUAAGAGCCUGGGACAACCUUUGGAGAGGGUUGGUGUUUUCUUACGACGCCCGGUUUUCACCCAUGGAUAACUUUGCGUCCCAGUCUCAAGAGUAACAUCCCCGUCUGGGUUGAAGUUUGUUAUAUGUGAUGAUGACGGAAAACU